GCGUGUCAAGUGUACCACCGCCUCCUGACCGAUGGGAGGUUCGUCGGGAUCCAGUAUAAUCUCCUCGAUUGUUCCUCGUGCUCCGUUUGUGAGGUCCAAAUCGGUCUCUAUAUUGCUUGUCACCAUCAGUUCCAUGCCGACCGCGAGUUCGAUGGUGUCCUCCGCUUGGCACACGUACAGCUGCGUCCGAUUCUUGGCGCACAUUCGACGCGUUGCUUCUUCAUUCCAUGGAAUUCGCACGCCAUGCCGAGGUGUCACCUGUGUGGCCGCCAACCAUCCAUCAUCCAACUUCUCGCUUGGAUUCAACACCAAGAAAAUCCAACCACACAGGGUCAGACACACGCAUUUGUUGUUUCAAUAUCACGACGGUCGUGAAUUCUUCAUACACGACACGACCGAUUUUCGUGUCCACAGUGUCGUUCAUCUUGCCAGCAGUGCGGAACCGCCCGUCGUUAGAUGUCGCUUGCAAUGCACCACCUGUAGGAUAAUACAGCGCUUGAUUGAUCGAUUUGGCGACAGGCGGGAACUGGUGAAAGUCGCCGCAAAGAAUCACGUUGAUCCCACCGAAAGAUUUGUCCGUGCUAGACGAUUUCCCAACCCCGAUGUUUCGAGAAAGAAUGGCGAAAAAAUCUUUACUGAGCAUAGAUACUUCGUCAAUGAUUAGGUAUCGUCGCGUUUUCCAGAAAUCUUGAAGCUUCGAUCUUG